GCAGAGCCCGAAGCCACACCAUGUCCGACUGGUCACCUGUGUAGUGUGUGUGUGCGUUUGUGUGUGUGCUGUGGUUUAGAAUGGGCGGACUGGUGUCGCUGUGCGCUGCAGACAGGCUCACACAGGUGGAACAGGUGGACUAGUCGGACAGGUUUCACAAACCCUCUUGUUUCCUUUCCUUCCUCCUGUUCCGUCCGUGAGGCCAUGUAGACGGAGGAACACCUGUAAUGGCGGCCGUGACCGCCGCGGCGUUUCUACACCUUUGUCUGUGCGCCACAGCGGUGGUUUCGGACACCGGCCCCACGGACACGGCCGUGGCGGCGACCCCGGGCGACGUCGUUAUACUUCCGUGUUACACCGACGGUGACGUCACACCGACCCUCACGACGUGGGAGAAAGAUGGACGCGAGGUGGCGAGAGGCGACGCCUUCUCCCCGAGCCCCCCGCCCGCGGGGCGGCGCGUCGCGGUGACGUCAGACGGCAGCCUGAACUUCGGAGGGGUCGCGCGCGGGGACGAGGGCGCGUACCUGUGCAGCUCCACGCUGCCGGGCAACAACGUCUUCCACGCACGCGUCUCGCUGCAAGUGACCAGCGGUCCAGAUAACGUGUCGGCGUCCAUCAGCCCGGCCACGGCGCUGGCCAACGGGUCGCUCGUGGUGGUCCGGGGUUCCAGCGUCUCCCUCCGCUGCUCCGGCUCCUCCUACCCGGCCCAGCAGCUCACCUGGAGCUUCAGAGGAGCGGCGGCCGUCGACCGGUCGCUGGCGUCCUCCUCCGGGCCCCGGCUGGACUUCAGCAUCCAACACGUGCAGCCCGCCGCUCAGGGCCUCUACAGCUGCACGGCCCGCAACCCGGCCUCGGGUCAGGAGGUCAACACCAGCACUCAGCUGCUGGUGUACUACGUCCCGGACCGGCACCCUGAGUGCAUGUGGGCGCCGGCACAGGACCCCUCCCACACCCAGUUCAACUGCAGCUGGUUGGGCGCGUACCCCCCCCCGACGCUCCGCUGGUUGGGGGGCGAGGGGAGCCAGGGAGGCGUGUACGCAUCGGACUCCACGGAGAGCCUGUCGGUGACGCUGAACCGCUCCGUGCUGGCGGACGGGCAGACGCUGAGGUGCGCCGCCCGGCACCAGGCGCUGGCCCCGGGGACGGCGCCGUCGUGCUCCUUCACCCUCAAGUCUCCGUACCCUGAAGGCGAGCCGCUGGUCACGGCGCUGGAGGCGACCAGCGUCACGCUGACAUGCAUCGAGGCCGCCUCCCUCCCACCCGCCAGCACCACGUGGAGGCGGGGCCUCGGGCAGGACGCCGUGGUCGCCGGGCAGAAGUACGUCCUGUGGGAGGACGGCGCCGCCCUGAAGCUGCAAAUCCUCAACGUCAGCCGAGCCGACGAGGGCGUCUACUUCUGCCGCGCCGAGAACCUGCUGGCUGUCCGCGAGCUGGAGGUCUACCUCACCGUGAGGACCUCUUCUCCGUACACAGGAGUGAUCCUUGGCAUCUUCAUCGCCGCUCUGAUCGUGGGGUUGGUCGUCAUCGUGGCCAAAACUCUUUACGUCCAGCGCCAUCGGUUCUGCCUCGGCGACGGCUUUGGGCGCAUGGAGGAGGACCAGGGAGACGUGCUGAGUCUGGUGGAGUCGGACGAUGACCAGGUCUUCCAGGACGCCGUCCCCCGGCUCGCCCCGCUGGCCAACCAGACCACGCUGGUCCAGAUCCACCAGAUCCCAUCGAAUGAUCAUGAGGAUGCAGAGACGGACACCAGCCUGCAGGGGGACACUGUGCUAGAGGAGGAGGAGGAAGGGGAGGAGCCAGUGGAUCUUGUAACAUUUUAAGGUUUCGGGGUGUUUUUAGAGACGUGUUUUUUUUUACUUCAGUGAAUAUAAUUACUAUCCAUGAGAAUGUGAACAGAAUUGGUGGAAAAGUCAUUUUAAAAGAAAUGUGUAAAUUUUUUUUUUUUAACGGGGUUUUUUGUAAUUUUUUGUGAUCUUAUUUGUAUGAAGUGUUCGUGCAGCGUUGAGAAUGUGUUGCUCUGAGAUGUGUGCGGUGCAUUAAGCUGUGAUGUCACACCUAGUCUGUGCUUACACCCCCACCCUGGGAUCAUCAUCAGAGGACGAUGACGACCCAGAAUGCAAUGCAACUCUAGCCUUAACCAUUUAAAGAAUGCAGUGCAGUGAGUUGGCUCGUCGUCGUGUGUGCGUAGGUGUGAUGGAGGUUCACUCCCAUGAAGCCACGUCACAGCCAGGUGGACGUGAGGUCUGGCGCAUAGAGAGCCUUACAUAUUUUGUUUUUUUACUCCGUUUAACAAUAUUUUGAGAUGAUUUUGUUCUGUGUAAAUAUUUUAGUCUACAAUCUAAAAAGUGAAAUCACUGACAAUGAAAUAUGUCGUCAUAGGAUACAUCUGUAACCUCUUCAAUUGAAAAUGUUCUUUUAAAAAAAUAUUCCCUUUUUUAAUAAAUAAAUGGAGCUGAAGUUAUUAAACAAGUUGUUUUCAAGUCAAACAUUCAAA